AGUCGGCUGUCAAGAAAUCAGUUCCGUGGAGCUAGGAAUCGCGGCAGCACUGUGCGUGUUCCUAUAUUGCAUCGCCCUGUGAUCACCGUCAGACAGCCAGUGGUCACCACACGAUUAUGUUCAAACAGGGUUUUUUUUAACAACUUAGUUUCUUCACUUGUUCCAUAGGCUAUGGGUCGUUUGCGUCGAAUCAGCUCAUGCUAAAUGUCCGAUUUAAAUUUCCGUAGCGUAGCCUUGCUAACACCAGACGCUCUUUCAUAGUGUUGUCCAAAUGUUGUGGAAUUUUGCGCUCCGUUCACGAUUAUUUGUCAAUAAUUUGAUUUCUAUUUCAUUGUGGGACCACCACAGUAGUUGUUGUCUCCGUUAUUACAAGACAAUGGAAAGAGCAGUGGUAAGAUGUGUACCAUCGGAGGUAAAGCUAACAAUUUCAUUUUUGCUCUAUGGGAGCCAGAAGCACAUGUUGAGAGAUCAGAGUGAAGAACUGGGUAAAGUAUUAGCACGAAUAUCAAACGGCAUCAUCAGGACCCAGGGAAAGGGUAAAAAGUCCAAGAAAAAACAAUUAAAUGAACCAUGUGAGGCCGUUGAGCCGAUUGUAAGACUGCACUACAAUGGCGAUUAUGUGGCAAAUGAUGUGUCAAACUUUAAUGCGUGGCAAGAUGGAGCUGUUCUACACAUUGGGGAAAUUAAAUAUAAAAUUGAGCGCAACCCUCCGACAUUCAUCACCGCGGAGUUGCCUGUCGCAAUUUUGGCAGGUUUUCCUGUUUGUCCCAAACUAGAAAUAGAAUUCGGUGAUUUAAACGACAGUGUCUUUACGUGGUUUAAAGCCAGAGACCCUAACCAAGACUCCUGGAUCGAGGCUGGCACCGGUCGUGUGUUCACGCCCUCAAAUGGAGAUAUUGGUUUGAAAGUCAAGUUUAAUUGUAUCCCUGGGAAUCAGACAAAAUAUGGGGCUGCAAAGGAGUUGGUUUCUAGUAGUACUGUUGAAGCAGGACCUGGAGUUUGCACAUUUGACACUCGCCACCUGUACACAAAAAAAGUUACAGACAACUCAAAAUUGAGAGUUGUGUCUUACAAUAUUCUGGCAGAUAUCUAUGCUCAAACUGAUCUUUCCAAAACAGUGUUGUAUCCUUAUUGCCCUCCUUAUGCAUUGGGAAUUGACUACAGACAAAGCCUAAUCAAAAAAGAGUUAAUGGGAUAUAAUGCUGACAUAAUUUGCCUUCAGGAGGUUGACAAAGCAGUGUUCAAUGAUAGUUUGUCACCUGCAUUGGAUGCCUCUGGUAUGGAAGGAGUCUUUAAAAUCAAAGAGAAGCAGCAUGAGGGACUUGCAACAUAUUUUCGAAAGUCUAAACUACAACUGCUCAGUCAGCACGACAUAAUGCUGAGUGAGGCACUAAGAAAUGACCCUCUUCACUCUGACUUGCUGGAUAAUCUCUCCAAGAACCCUAUUUUGAAAGACCGGGUGAUGCAAAGAUCAACUACGUUGCAGGUGACUGUUCUUCAGCCUUUAAGCAAUUGCUCAAAGCCAGUAUGUGUUGCCAACACUCAUCUCUACUGGCACCCCAAAGGAGGAAAUGUUCGUCUGAUCCAGAUUGACGUGGCCCUACGUCACUUGAAGCAGGUCAUCUCUGUGGAACACCCAGGAGCUUCUCUGCUGUUCUUUGGUGAUUUCAAUAGCAUCCCUUCUUCAGGCCUAUUCCAGCUUUUGAGCCAGGGAACUGUACCCAAAACACAUCCUGACUGGACCUCUGGUGGGCCUGACGAGCAGUGCCCCAUGGAGCUACACAACCCCUUCCAGCUCCAGAGUGCCUGUGGAGAGCCAUCCUACACCAACUAUGUGGGUGGCUUCCAUGGCUGCUUGGACUAUAUCUUCCUAGAUCCACAGAUGCUUUGUGUGGAACAGGUCAUUCCCAUGCCAAGCCACGAUGAGGUGACAACUUACCAAGCCCUACCAAGUGUUUCUCAUCCCUCAGACCAUAUUGCCCUUGUUUGUGACCUCAAGUGGAAAUGAACUCUCUUUCUGACAAGACAUACUGAUUUGGCAGCAUUCUGUGUACAAUCUCUUAAUUGCCCCAUCAUUGACAGUUUCAGUUAUCAGAGGACUGUAUACAUUUGCAUGAUCUCAACAGUGACUGAUUUAGUUGCCAUUCAGGGUUUCAUCAGGUCCCUUGCCCCAGGUACAUAAAAUCAAGCACCUAGUUUAUGAAUGCAGACUGCAUGGUGCUUGCUGCAUGGUGCUUUAUACACCUGUGGCAAGGGACCUGAUGAAACCCAUGAAUACCCAUGUAAUAUAUAUUUUAGAGAAUAUCUGGAAUGUAUGGGUUGUGGACAUCUGUGAAUAAUGAAUCGUGUAUUUACCAAAAUAA